AUGCCUCCUGUCGAGAAAGAUCCUAACGCUAAUGGUAAACCGUCAGACGACGAGGCAGUCAUUGACAAAGCCAAGAAAGAAUACAACAAGCUCAGAAGCAGAUUCAACUUGGGCAGAAUCAUUCCCAACGUUAUCCUCCCUGCCCUUGUUGGCGCAGCUGUUUGGGCACGCCAACCUUCAGACAAUCAGUUCACAGCACCGCCCGCCGCUCUGCGAAAGUGCCUGGACAGCGUCUGUGCCGGAGCUGAUAACUGUGUCAGGUACCCAGCCAGUGGAGAAAACCGCGAGUACUUCCAGUGGGCGUCGCCCUUUAAUUUGGGACGCAUUGUUCUACCUGCUGCUGUGGUGAGACCCAGUACUGAUGAGCAGGUUUCGGGCUUCGUUCGGUGCGCUGCUGAUAGCAACGUCAAGGUUCAGGCCAGAUCUGGCGGUCACUCAUAUGCCUUAGGUGCUGGAGGGUAUAAUGGCUCUCUCUCUGUUGAUCUGAUCAACUAUCGCUAUGUUACACUCAACAAGACGACUUGGCUCACCACUAUUGGUGGUGGCAGUCUACUUGGUGAUAUUGAUGAUCUACUCGACAAUCAGAAGGGCAACCGCGCGUUUCCUCACGGUAUUUGCCCUGGAGUCGGCAUCGGCGGACACGCGACCAUUGGUGGCCUUGGUCCUUCGUCGCGCAUGUGGGGAGCCACUCUUGACCAUGUCGUUGAGGCAAAAGUUGUUACUGCCAACGGAACUAUCGUAACCGCAAGCGAGGCCAAGUAUCCCGAUCUGUUCUUUGCCAUUCGCGGAGCAGCGGCCGGUUUUGGAAUCGUCACCCAAUUCGUCAUCAAGACUGUUGAGAAGCCGAAAAAGACGUUACACUUCACGCAUCGCACCCCGUACACCAACUCAGAAGGCAUUGUGGAGCAGUUCAAGAGAUGGAGAGAAAUGGUAGCCGAUAAAAAGCUUGACCACCGCAUUGGAACAGAAUUUACCCUUGACCCCGAGGGCUCAAAGAUCACAGCGACUUGGUUCGGAACCAGGCAAGCCUUUGACCAGUCCGGCAUCGCAGAAAGGCUUGGUCUUAAACUCACCCCGGUCGAAUCCAGUUGGGUCAAUACGAAGCGCUGGCAAUACGAGAAUGCAGUGUUGACACUUUCCGACAUCCCAACUGAGUUCUUUUCUCGAAGUCUCGGCUUCACCGCAGACGAUGCGACGUCGUUUAAUGCCACGGAAAGGCUUGUGCAGCUCAUCGCUGCGAAUAAGAGUCAAUCCAAACUCAAGUGGUUCUGCAUCUUCGACGCUACAGGUGGCAAGGUCGCUGAGCCAGCCAUGGAUUCAACAGCAUAUGCCCACCGAGACAAGGUCAUGUUCUACCAGUCUUACCUGUACAACAUAUGGGCACCAUUGACCGCUGAGGAGAAAGGGCUCCUCAAUGGUAUUCACGAGACCAUCGUAGGCGGUAUUCCAACUAGGUCACCCAGCACAUAUCCCGGUUACAUUGACCCGCUUCUCGAGAAUCCGCAGGAGGCUUACUGGGGUCCAAACCUUGAUCGGCUUGAAACGAUCAAAAGAGAGUGGGAUCCCGAGGAUGUCUUUCACAAUCCGCAGAGUGUUCGACCUGCAAAGCUUAAACUGUAG